AUGCUCAGAGUAUUCAAGGAUCCAAAAUUUCAGCACAGAAUAGAUCAAAUAGCUGAAAAGUACAACCAUGCAUUUAAUCACUGUGAUAUAGUUGUUUUAUCAGAUUUUUCAAUUGUUCAUAAAGGAGAUUUCUUGUCGUUAUUACCAGAUGAUACAGAGGGGAAUCUGAUUGUCGAUCAGGAAGCUAAUGUCGAUGAUGUGAAUGACGAUGACAGUGAUAUUGAAAGUGUUAUCUUAUCGUCUGUUCAUAUCAACAUCAACAAAGGCAACAACAACGAAAACAAUAAUAUUAAUAAUAAUAAUUGCAGUAAUACCGAUAUUGAUACGGAUACAAGUACUUCUCUACACGAUAACACUGUACAUGAGAUUAAUGAAGAAAGUGAAGAUGAAGACGAAACUGUAGAAGAGGAGGAAGACAAUACCACAAUAAGUGAUGUUGAAAUUCCAGUUAACCGCCGUUACCAUGACUACCGUCGCUACAGCAACCAUGAUAAUGAAAAAAAUUUAAACAGUAUAAAAGCAGCUUUAUCACUGUUGGAAAAGUCAGUAUCAUCAUGGGAGAAACGAAGAAAUCGUUCAAUGGAUGCGUUGACUACAUUUACAAGUAGUGGUAGUAGAAUAUAUUCCCUUACAAAUGACAGCAAAGAUACAAAUUCACGGAAUACACUUGUACAAAUUAAACCUAAGAUGAAUAAUCGCCGUCAUCAUCAUCAUCAUCAUUAUAAUAAUAGUUAUCAUUAUACAGAAAGAAGAGUCGGAUCUCCUAUUAUAUCACCGUCUUCAUUAUCUUCAACUUCUAAAGAACGUGUUAUACAAUGGUUAAGAGAUCAACAAUUAUAUCUAUCACAGUUGAUACAUUGA